AUGUCGUUUUACGAGCUCUAUCAUGCCGCCAUGCCACUGCUGAUGCCGAGUGAAAUGCUUAUGAGCAAAUGGCUUCCAGCAGUACGUUGGGGAUCUCUUGAGUUUGAUCGAGAUCGCGGCACAGGUUCAGCAAAGCGUCCAGCAUGUUUGAUGCGUUUAGGCAAAAGCCCAGCCUGCUUCGUUCCAUGGAUGAACCAAUCAACCUUGCAAAGUGCGAUGGACGGUGGCGCAGCCAGCUGGAUUGGAGCAACAGACUAUUAUCGCUUUCCACAUAUACUGCACUUCCAUUCGGUUGCAUCUCUGGUUGGAAAGUUACAAGGGCCUUUGGCAGCUACAAGGUCUGGGAUGAGAAAAGCAAGCCAGGAAAUUCGCUCUCAAACCUUGUCACUUCAUAGAAGGCUACUUGGACACUUGCUGGGAUUUGGAGACUCUGAGAGGUUUCCACGCUUCAUGCCUACACAAGCACCCAACCACUGGAAUCAGCUGCCACUGGGUGGCACCUGCAAGCUUGGCUUUAUCGCUCAAGCUGACUUCCCACAGAUCGAGCCACAUUCCUCACCUUUUCUCGGACUCCGUCAAUGCUUGCGAUUGUGCGAUGAAACUGCUGGAUGCGAAGUGGCAGUCUUCAAUGGCCUAACCUGCAUGGUCUAUGACGAAUUCUGCAAUGCAACAGACCUCCGUCGUGAAGGAGAUCGCAAUGGCUAUGUAGCUUGGAAGCGUGAUUGA